GUUGAAUUUGAGUCACGGGACCAAACGCGACGCGUCCUGGUCAAUCUCACAAACAGUUCCUUUAGCCAAAAACACAGAUCAAAUGGCUGGGAACUCAAGCCACGCUAGCUUUUCAAGUGAUGAAGAGGAUUUGCGGGCAUGUAAAGUGAACCCACCCAUGGAAGUUCAUAGAGAUCUCGUCAGACUCAGAUUCUGAUAUGUAGGUGAUCACAACUCCUUGGAAUAACCAUCAGCUUGUCGCCAUGCGUCUCAUUCUCACUGCCUGAUAGUGUUUUUUGCGAUACGCGUGGUACCAUAAACACGGAUAAUUCAGGGUGCAGGAAUAUAAUUGAGCUGAUAGACAGCGAUACGUCUCUAGAGCUUCCUGACCUACUGUCUCCGAUGGUUACCCGACCAUGCCCUCCGAAAUCUCCGAGGAAAACAAGCCCUGCUGCACGGAAAUAUUUGCCACUCUAUGCCGACACGAGUGACGAUAGCUCUGAUAAGGAGGCAAUUCUCACUCGGUUCAAUGAGAAUUCCCUGGAAUCUCGAAGACCAGAAACAAUGACUUAUCCGGCCAAAGAUACCCCAAAGCGCAAGUUUCCCACAGCGUUGAAAAGGAACAAUGAUACCAUACCAGUGCCAGUGUGCCCUCCGUCCAAGAGGGCGGCUCCCACCUCUGUUGAAAAGUCACCUACAAAAACAUCAAAGAAAACGCAAGACGCAGCGGAGCAGUCAGGGAGGGAGAAAUAUGCAGCAGAUCUGUUCGCAGAGCUUAACCACACCGUCUUCGAUGAUGGUCUUCCCAAGAAUACAAAAUUAGAAUGGAACACACGGCUACUGACCACAGCCGGGCGAGCGCGCUGGCACCGAUCGCAAGAUGGUAUACAAACCACGAAGAUCGAACUUGCCACUAAGAUUUUGGACUGCAAUGAACGUAUUCGUAAUACUCUGUCCCAUGAGAUGUGUCACUUGGCAUGUUGGAUAAUCAGUGACAAUCCGCGGGAAGGGCACGGGCGACUGUUCAAAUCAUGGGCGAGAAAAAUCAUGAGGAGGUACCCCGACAUUCAGGUUUCAACUCGUCACAACUACCAGAUCGUAUACCCUUAUCAGUGGAAAUGUAACCUGUGCUCCAAAGUGUACGGUAGAUACGCCAAGUCCAUCAAGCCAGAGGAGUGCAUCUGUGGAGCUUGUAAGGUUGGCAAACUCACUCCGUUGUUCCCCCAGAAGACGACCAGGGCAAAGAAGAUCAAUGUUACGAGGGCCUUGAUACCUACUGGCGAGGAUACUUUGAAUGGCACUCGGCUCGCAGUACCCGUCAAUCCCUCACCCUUGGUGGAAGAAGACGGGCUUGUCGAUGCAUUGAGGGAUUUAAUUAUCGAACGUCGCAGGUUUUAGGAUUUAAAGUGCUUUUGGACUAGUGCUGAGGGAUAUACGUACUACUAGUGAUUUGGUGACCGGUCCGGCCAAGUCCCGGCAUCGCCAAGGAACCGCGUUGUCCAACUCUAUCC